CUCCCAAGCAAUUAGCAACUCUCUCUCUCUCUCUCUUCUCAUGGCGGCCACCACUGCCUCCAAUGCUGCAAAGUCCGUCCUCCAGUCAUUAAAACGCUUCAUCAAGAAACCGUGGGAGAUCACCGGCCCAUGCGCCGAUCCAGAGUACAGAGAUGCACUACCAGGUGCGCUCGAGUACCGUCGCUUCUGCCCUGCAACAACGCCGGUGAAGGCCAUAGUUCCCACAUCUGAUCCGCAAACUGUUUAUGACAUCAAGUACUACACGCGUGAUUGCCGCCGUGAUCGCCCGCCCGUUCGGCGUACCGUCCUGAAGAAGGCCGAUGUUGAGAGGAUGAUGGCCGAGAAGAAGUUCGAUGUCGCAACCGAUUUUCCUCCGGUUUAUCUCACGCAGAUUGUUGAGGAGGAUUAUAACGCCCGUGGUGGCGGAUACCAACAAUAGGCGAGCUGGAUCACUUAUUCUGGUUAUUGAUCAGCACUGUUUCUUGGCUCAUCUGGAACAUCUGUUUGGCUGAAUCAAUUUCGCCAGGGAUCUGCAAUUUGUAACUUUAUUCAUUCACCAGUCUGAUUUGCAAAAUAAAGCUUGCAUCAUACUUUACAUAUUCGGCCGACGAACCUUCGUCGUUGGUAAAACAUCUGUACUUGCAAAAUAUUUUUAUUUAGGAGCUUUUACAUACAUAUCACAUAGUUCUUAUCUAUUUAUAUA